AUGGCGUUGCCCUCUUCGUCCUCUACUUCCGGCUACUGUCCGGCCCCCCUGGCCUCGCUGCCCCGGGAGCUUGACCCGGCCAAGUACAACGAGUCCCCGGAGAAGUGCCGGGCCGAGGCAGAGCGUCUGGCGCUCCGCGCCCGCCUCAAGCACCAGUACCAGCUGAAGCUCAAUGACCCGCACCACGAGGGGAUCAUCGAGGACCCUGCCAUGCUCCGUUGGACCUAUGGUAGAUCACACAACAUUUACCCCAAUUUCCAGCCCACUCCCAAGACUUCCCUGUUGGGUACGUUGUGUGGGAUAGGACCCAUUUUCUUCUGGUGGUAUGUCAUCCAAACUGGCUGGGAUCGUAAAGAGAAACUUAUUCAGGACGGCAAGUACAAGUGA